CACCGCACUCCACAGCCAUCAUACAUGCAUGCUGUGGAGUUGAAGAUCGAAUAUUUUUCAAAGAAGGAUAAAACUUUAUUCUCUUAGACGUUUUAAUGAUGUUUUGCCACUUUGCAGUUAUGGUUAUUUGUGGACUGUCUUUUUACGCCGAAGCGAAAAUUGAGUUGAUCAAAGGUGAAGAUCCAGGAUCAUGUGACCAAAAUAAGCACGGGAAAGAAGUGUUGAUACACGAUCGAAGCGAUAAUGAUAAGAUACUGACAUGCGUGAAAGAAAACAAGGUUUAUUUGUGGAAAUCUAUCGAUGGCUCAAGUACACUUGGUGAAUUCAUUAAUCCCGCGUAUGAUUGUACAGAUGCACUCAACGCUGACCCUCAAGCCAAAGAUGGAUUUUAUUGGAUUAACUUCAAAAAUUCUAAUGCGAACAAGUUAUUUAACUAUGUCCAGUCCAAGGUUUGGUGUGACAUGACAACAGAUGGAGGGGGCUUUGCUUUGAUUGGACGAAAAACGACACCAAUUCUCUGGACAUUACCUUCCAAUGGCAGUCCAGUUCAUCCCUAUGGACCUCCUCAUUGGUCCAGCUCGCUUGGUGACGCACCAAUCCUGGACUUUCGAGUACAGAUCGGUUUAGGCAAAAGUUUGAAGUCAACUAAAGCACACUGGUCAUACAGAUUGAAGUCUAAAAGACCUUUGAAACAACUUUUGCAGCAAUCUAAAGAUUGUGGUUUUUCAUCAGCUGGAAUUGCAGACAUCGCUUAUGUAAAAGAUUUACAAACCAAUAAAAUUGUUACCCAUAAAUUAUCUUGCUCGAAAUUUGGUUACGCUUACUCUCCAUCGACUGGCUUCGGUUGGGUAAGCAUGAAUAAAUGCCUAGAGAGACCUUGUCCUCAGGGCUACGCCGUGGAUAAGGGGUCGCAACACGAUUAUGCUGGAGCAUUUAGUUACAGUGUGGAGCAAAGCAUUUCAGGCUUAGAGAGAGGAGCGACCGCUUUCAUUGGAUGUGAUGGAAAGAAGUGUUGCGGUUGUUUUGGUCCCAAGGGUGGAAGAAAAGAUUAUUGUUCGCAGAGUUGCGACAAAGAUAUAAAUGGCGAUAGAGUGCAUGAGAAUAACGUUAAUACGUGGUAUUGGGUGAGGUCCAGUGUCCCGAAAGCGGUGUGGAAAAAAUGUAUGGACUACAAGGUCAAGCGGAGAGAUGGAAAAACAAUUUGGUACAAGAUAGUUGGAAGCAGUGCUGUUCCAGUGGAGGGUCGAUGCAACAAAGAUGAGGUGAACCUUCUAGAUGGGAUUGCAGUCAUACCAAAAGGGAAAAACAUUCCUCCCUUGCGCAGAAUGGUGGCUUUUCGUGAAGGAAGCGAUGAAAUUUACGUACGAUCAAAUGGAAACUGGAGUGCACUGGCCCAGAAGGAUAAGAUACAAAAAGAUCUACCUGCAAUGAUGAACUCAACUCUAAAAAAGUUUAAGGAUGGAAUUGAAAUCAAUGGUAGUAAGAUUUUAGAGAAAGUGGAUUUACAAGUAAGACCGAAAUUAAAGAACCUCAAGACACGACUAGAUGCCCAGAACACGAGGCUGUCUGAAGAACUUAAAAAGCUGGAAAAUGAGGUAAAAGGAAUAAAGAAGGCCUUGGGUAAAACCACAAAAUCAACCACUCCAUCUCCGUUAAAUUCUGAAUGCGCUUCUUUGUCACUACAAAAUCCGAAUGGCUAUAAGUGGCUGACUAAUAGGAAUCGUAACUAUCGAUACAUCACUAUCACACCAUACUGCGAUGACCACUUGUCUCAAGGUUGGUACAGAUUCGGAGGGGAAGCUGGUACCCAGAUUGCAACAACAUGUGUGCCAAAGCGCAGAUGUGGAACUCACGCCCCAGGCUGGAUGACUCAAAAACAUCCGACGGUUUCUGAAGGCAAAGUUACUCGUACAGUGGCUUUUCACUGGGACGGAAAUUGUCGGAAAUGGUCUCAAAAUAUCCAAGUGAUCAAUUGUGGGGUAUAUUAUGUGUAUUACCUUGGUCCGAGUGUUGCAUGUAAAUUAAGAUAUUGUGGUUCGUAAGUUGGGCCUUUUCAAAAUUUUUGUACAAUUAACUUUCACGGCUUAUGAACAAUUUUAACCGUUAUAAUAGUUAUGUUUUUCGUAUAAUUAUGUCAUAACCUAUAUUUAACUAAAAUUACAGUAAAAACAACCAGCUGA